AAAUUAGUUAUGAACACGAUUCUCUAUUAUAAAUUAAUCAUACGAAUUGCCAAGCAUCAACCAAAAGUAUAUAACAUUUCCUGUUGUAUCUCUUACUGCAGUUUUUCAAUUGAAUUAGCGAUUGGCCAAAUGUUCGAUUCUAUUGGGUCUAAAUAUGACCAAAUGUGUCUGAUCCCCUUCAAAUCUAAGUAUAGGAGAAAAUGGCUUCUGCUACUGCUUGGGGCGGUUGUCUUCGUUGGCUGUUUUGCGGUCGCAGACAGCAAAUGUAGCAGUGAAGAGGAUUGCAGCGGGCACGGCAUCUGUCUUAACGACACUUGCGUCUGUAACGAUGGCUGGCAGGGGGUCCAGUGCCAAUACUGCGGAGGAAAAGUCAGGCUUGGGACAUCGAAUGGAACAAUCUAUGACGGUUUUGGUAAUUACUCACUUGGUACAAAAUGCAGUUGGUUGAUUGAUGCGCCUAACUCAACUAUAACCAUUCAUCUUCAAGAAUUUGCCACUGAAUGUGGAUGGGAUCAUUUAUACAUCUUUGAUGGGGACAGUGUCAACUCACCACUGCUAGCAGUAUUCAGUGGUUUGAUGUACAAAGACUCCUACAAGAUUCGCCAAGUGCCUGAGGUUGUCGCGCAAAGUGGCGCAGCGUUAGUGCACUUCUUCUCCGAUGACGCAUUUAAUAUGUCUGGGUUCAACAUUACCUAUAGAAUCAAUGCAUGUCCAUCAAAUGUGUCAGGAGUUGAUUGUUCAGGUAAUGGAGUCUGCAUUGAUGGAGUAUGCACAUGUGAUGGUCAUUGGACGGGCACCGCCUGUCAUUUGGAGAAAUGUCCAGGAAAUUGUGGAAGAUCUGAAGGUCGAGGCACCUGCACGGAACAUGGUUGUAAGUGCAAAGGUGGGUUCAAGGGAAAGGACUGCUCACAGGUGACCGUCAAUGGGUACUGGGAGAGUGUGCAACCGAAUGGUUUUAUUCCUCCUGGUUCUGCUUCACAUGGGGCAGUUGUGUGGAAGGAUAGUUUGUAUGUGAUAUCCGGCGAGAGUUAUAACAAGGGCAGUAUGCUCUAUACUUAUGAUUUUAAUGGACAUGUUUGGGAAACUGCGCAUUUAACCCACGGUCCGCAAAUGCGGUAUGCGCACUCCACAGUUCUCUACGGCGAUAAAUUGUUUAUCUACGGUGGAAUUGUUGGUAACCGUGGUCCGACUUCUGAGUUAUGGGCGUUUGAUAUCAACGCCAAGUCUUGGGAGAAUAUCACCGUGCGGCCUGUGUCGUGUAACGGGAGUUAUCUUCUCUGUGGACCUCUCCGCGUUGCUGGACACACUGCUACACUUGUUACUAAUGUUAAAAACAGUAUGGCGGACAGAAUGAUUGUUAUUUUUGGUCAUUCGCCUCUUCUAGGGUAUCUGAAUAUAGUGCAAGAAUAUUAUUUUCGCACUGGCGAAUGGCACAUAGUGAAGCCAAGCGGGUUCCCAGUGAAAGGCGGUUAUGGUCAUACAGCCGCAUGGGAUAAAUAUACUGGUAAAAUUUACGUUUAUGGUGGUUCCACAAGUAAACAAACACUCAGCACGAAUCUUUACUCGUAUGACCCGCAUUCGCAGAUAUGGACGCUUUUGGCCGAUGCGCCCAGCGCUCGUUUUUUACAUUCAGCAACAUUUGUUAACCCUGCGUUGAUGCUUGUCUUCGGCGGCAAUAUGCACAAUGGUACGUCCAAUAACGGCGGCACCAAGUGCUAUAGUUCGGAGAUGAUGGCCUAUGACGCUAUAUGCGACACGUGGCACUCAAUUGCGGCUCCAGAUCAAAUUCAAAGUGAUCUUGCACGCUAUGGCCAUUCAGCGUCUGUAUUUAAAGGAUCGUUGUAUAUCUAUGGUGGAUUCGAUGGACAAAUGCUAUCGGACAUCAUCAGAUAUCGAUCGGGAGGAUGUGAACAUCUAGUCAACCAGCAGGCGUGCCUCGGCACCCGGCCCGGGGUAAAAUGUGUUUGGGAUCAGAAGAAUGCCAAGUGCAUCAAUGUAAAAACAAUACGCAGGCAGUUAUUAAACAAAAAUUCAGAUGUGUCUAAAUGCCCCGAUACAAGAUUAAGGAUGGACACACUCUUUAAAUCCUUGGAGGACUGUGGUUUGUUUGAAGAUUGCACCAGUUGCGUGCAGAAUACAAGAGAUUGCGUGUGGUGCCCAUCAGGAUGUUCUUAUAAAUACUGUAAUGAUGGAAAUUCCAGUGCAGUCUUGUCAUUGGAUAAGUGUCCCGCAGACCCUCGAAUUUACUGCAAAGAAUUAAACACUUGCAAUGCAUGCCAUUCACAUGGUAUACCUAACUACACUUGCAAUUGGAGCCGGUAUCUUCUCCAAUGCAAGCCGUCCAUCGCCCACAACCCCAACAAGUUAAUACUGAACCAAGUUCAUACAUCUACGUAUUGCCCACGAGUGUGCGCCGAGUUUACUUCAUGCCAAAGCUGCACUGAAGACGAGUGCAUUUGGUGUCAGAACGAAGGCAGAUGCGUUGAUAAAAACGCUUACACAUCUAGCUUCCCUUAUGGCCAAUGCCGCGACUGGACAACUGAGAGUAGCAAGUGUCGCAGCCGAGGAAGUGAAGAGGAAUCCCAAUGCAGCUUUUAUUCAACGUGUGCGCAAUGUAGAGAUGAUCCCGCAUGCGGCUGGUGCGAUGAUGGUAGUCGCACUGGUUUAGGCAAAUGUAUGCCAGGCGGAUAUGCGGGACCCACUCUACACACUCAGUCACUACCAUCCAGCACAUGUCCAUCGGAGCGUUGGCAUUUUACAACUUGCCCAGUGUGUCAAUGCAAUGGACAUGCGUCUUGUAAAGGUAAUUCAAGCAUGUGUCUACCGUGCAAGGAUUUGACAGAUGGGGCACAUUGCGAUCGUUGUAUGCCUGGGUAUUGGGGUUCACCCGUGAAUGGCGGAAAGUGUCAACCGUGUGAGUGCAAUGGUCAGGCGACGCAGUGUCAUCCAGAAACUGGCAAGUGUUAUUGCACCACUAAAGGUGUAGUGGGUGAUCAUUGCCAAAACUGCGACAAGUAUAAUCACUACUUUGGCGAUCCGAUAAACAAUGGAUUAUGUUACUACGAAGUUACUAUGAACUAUCAAUUCACAUUUAAUCUGUCGAAGAAGGCGGACCUGCAGUAUAAACAGAUUAAUUUCCGGGUUUCGCCAGACCAACCUAAUUUGGAUACUGAUUUUUACAUCAAGUGCUCGGUACCGGCACUGAUGAACCUGACUAUGAAGACAGCAAACACCAAAGAAGAAAGUUCAAUCUUUACCGGGCAGAGUUGCUCGAAUGAACCAUUCCGCGCCAAAUUUGCAAAAUCUCAGUAUAAAUUUGGAUAUCUGAAUGUGGUCCCGUUUACCACAUUCCAAGUAUAUCUCUAUGACAUUCAACCACCUUUGUUGAUACAGGUAGCGUUUAUUCAGAAUCCCCAGAAAUUGAGGUGACUAGACAUCCCUUUUUGGACCUUGUCCUCUCCAAUCCGCGUUCUUUAUUGGACUUUGUCCUGAACAAUUAUUUAUAUUGGAGUUUUUGUGUAAAUUGAUUUUGUUCUAUUUUUAAUACUUUUUAUGUUUAUUAUGAUUAUUUUUAGGUACGUUUAGCACAAAUUUAGGUUUUAUUUGGCAGAAUUAGCGUUGUUAAUAGUCUUUUCACUUUUAGGAAGUGCAUAUAUCGUGAGGGGGUUUAAAACAAAUUUAAAUAAAUUUAAAUUAAUUUGA